UUGUUUUUUCGAAUGCCCACCGCCAUUAAAUAAGAAGAAGAAGACGUUUGUGCAGAAAGAGCAGUAUUGCUAACAAAAAGGCUUUCUUUAAUUGCACUAGGUACAGUAAUGACACAUUUACUUCAUUGAUAUUAAAAUGUCGCCAGACUUGGGGAAGUGCUCGAGAAGCCUAUUAACGUGCGAAAAAUCGAACUUCCUGAAUGAGCAAUCACGUCAUGAAGUGCACGUGUCAAGACACUGUUUCAACUAUAAGAUUUCUUUACUGUUACCUGAAUGUGAAGUGCUACCUGUCAGGGUAGAAAACGUGAUCCAUAAUUUUAGCUCAUAUUACCUUGUACGAGAUCUGCCAGUUUAUAAAUUCCUGGAAGAGAAAUGGCUUGCAACAGUUGUCAAGAAAGGCAGUUUUUAUGCACUGUCUUGCAAAACCAGAAUCGAUGAAGACAACGUUUGUGCACUUUUGCCCAGUGGUCAGUUGAUACUGUCACUGGACAAGGACACAUAUGAGCACCUUGGCUUGGAGGGAAGACCAUCACUAUACAGUCAUAAAAAGGUCAUGAGAUAUGUUGUUUCUGUGGACCUCACAAAUAAAUCUUUGGUCCCUGGCACAAAGCGUUACCAGCAAGUUCUACUGUGCUUAAAAGAAAGGGUGAUGCUGAGAAGUGACUUCCUUUUGACAACAUGCCACCCAGGAGCAGAUAAAGACGGAGCUCUACAUAAUCUGCUGUCUCAGUACACAUAUGAGGAGUGUAGACCUACACUUCACAGCCAGACUCUGAAAAAUCUAUUCUGCCCGUCACUUCAUCACUCAGACCUGCGGGGAAAGGGUCUUUCCUGUACUCCAAACCAAUUCCUGGAGUGGCUAGGAGCAGUGAACUUGAAUAUCAGCUGUGAUAAUUCAGCUGUCAGUUUCCUGUCUACGUAUAUGUGCCCAGAACCUAGAGCCCCUGUGAGUCAGUCUGUGCUCUGCACAGUCACUGGGCUCAUUCCUCCAAAAGAUGUCUGUAGACUGCUGAAAGAGCUUAGAUGCUAUUUUGCUGAGCCAAACUUUGCAGCAUGGGUUUCACUUACUGUGCAUGGCUUUGUGGAUUGUCCUGUAUCCUGGGGAGCUGCAGAGCAUGGAUUCUUUAAAGGUGGAGAAAACCUGUACAAUUUUGUUUGCUUCAAGAACCAGGACUACUGGUUAUACAAAGCUACUGGUUCAGAAGAUGCUUGCCCUCCCUGAUGUACUGGACCUUGAUUGGAGAAAACUUGCAUUUUUUUUUGUUUGUUUUUUGCUUAACUUUAUCUUGUUCCUUUCGGCUGUUUGUGUCUUGUGCAAAUUGUCUCCUGAAGGCUGACUAUAUUAUAUGUAUACAUUGCUUUUUGUUAAGAAGCAUAUGCUCCUUUUUUCUGGAUAUCUUAAUGUUAUUAAUAAUAAAUGAGUGAAACUUUUGUCAACAAAAAAUGUACAUGUGCAUAUUGUUAGGGUUCAUAGAAAUCAAAUCCAGUUGGAAUGAACCCAGUCCCAAAUUUAGCAUAAUAGCUACAAAUGAAAAGGGUUUAUCUCAGCUAUAUUAUUUUCCAGGCAAACAAGUGGUUCUCAGUGGUGUAACUACUGUCCAGUUUUUCCUUCCUCUUAAUCAUGAUUCAUCCGAUCCAUGGCAACCAUGUUAAAACAAUUUUUUACAACCUGUUUAUCCUUUAAACAUUAACCAGCAUAAAUAUGUCUAUUUUCUAACUGUCUAAGCACCAUAUCAUCAGGAAAUCGCAAGUUCGAUCCCUGGUGAUGCUACAGGCGUUCGUGGUUGGGAAUUCAGGUCACGCUCUUUCUGGGUGGGUAGGAUGCCCCCCCCUCCCCCAUCCCCCAACCCUCCAAGUCUAUGUGCCUACAGUUGGAGAACCAGUGGGCAUAACAAAUGGGCGGAGACACUGUCAAUCAAAACUUGCAUUGGCCAAUCACAAGUGUGUGUGUGUGUGUGUGUGUGUGUGUGUCCCGUAAGCUACUUCCAGUCAUCUGCGUUGUGUGUGAUGCUGUAAUAAAACUCAGGACACCGGA